AAAUAGAAUGACUUCGGACUUACCAUCUUUAUCAUUGCUUAAUGCAUGAGAAUAACUGUGGACUUGACUGAGAGGAAAAAUGAUAAAACAUAUUUACAACCAACUGACAUAGAAGACAUAGAUAUAACACCUGUUUACAUUGGAGUUAUUUUUCAUGAGUUGAAUCGUUUUAUAUAUAGGACCAUAAUACAUGCGUGUGAUGUCACCCCAGGGUCCGAAAACUGAUGCGAAAACGUUAUUACUAAAAGAAAAAUUAAACAGUAUAAGUUGUGCAGGUACUACAGAAACAUCUCGAGAGACAAAUUACGAAAAAUCUCACCAUUGAAAUAAUAAAAAACUUUGUCGCCCAAAACGUUUUUUAUAUGCGAAUAAGAAAAAAAGAAGAAAAAUACAUUUAAAUAUUAUGGAAAAAGUGUCAUCUGUUUCACACGUUAUCAAAUCUGCAUUGAAAGGUGUUUUCAAUUCAAUUUUUCUACCUUGAAUUUUUUAUUCUUUAUAUAUUGGAAUAAAAUAAAAAGAAAAAAUUUUAAAUCUACUGUACUCGUAUGAAGAAAAAUAAAAGAAAAGUUUACGAUUUUGUUUAUGUUAAGUUAAAGACAUUUUCUUUCUGUGAACAAAGUGAAUUUAAAAUCCAUAAAAAAUAAAAGUUUGACAAUAAAAAUAAAAUAGUAACAAUGAAAAAUAGUGAUCAAAAUUUUUGGCCAUCAUCAGUGAAAUUAAAAAUAAAUAAUGAAUUUAUUAUAAAUAAUAUUAUAAUAAAUGAUAAAAAAAAAAGAAAAUUAUUUGAUAAAUUAUAUUUUAAUAAUGAAUAUUUUGAUGAUAAAAAAUUAUAUAUUAAAAAAAAAAGUCACAGUACAAAUAGUAUUCUAACAAAUGCAAAAUUAAAAAAAAAUAAAAAUAAUAAUAAACGACAUUCAUGGGGUUCGGAAAUUGAUAAUAAUAAAUUACAAUAUUAUUCAAUUGGUGAUUAUUUACGUCAACAAAUUGUUGAAGAUUUAAAUACACCAGAUAUUUUGUAUAAAUCAGAUGAACAAUUAGCAUUUGAUCGUUAUCGAAGAGUACGUGAAUAUCUUGAUCAACGAAAUUUAUCAUCAGAUAAAAUCAUUAAUUUAUCAUUGUCAAAAUUAAAAAAAAAUUAUCAACUAAAAAAUAGAAAGAAUGAUUAUACAAAUUAUUAUCUAAAGCAUAAUCAAAGUGAUGGAAAUAAAUUACAUAAUAAAAAAAAAAUAUAUAGACGUUCAAAAAGUGAUAUAGAUAAAAAAUUUAUAUAUAAAAAAAAAUAUAAUAAUAUUGAUGAUAAUAUAUAUAAUUCAACAGAUAAUAUAAUUAAUUAUUUAAAUAAAUGUAAUUUACAAGAUAGUAAUAAUGAUAUUCUAUUACAAGAAAAUUAUUUACUUGUUGAAAAUGGAAAAAUUAAUUUAUCAAGUUCAUUGGAUUCACUUGAUAGAGGAUACAAUUCAAUGUCUAAAAAUUAUUCAAAAUCAUGGAUGGGUUUUCUUAAAAAUACAAAUGUUAAAAAAACUUCUACAUUUAAAAUAAUUAAUUGUAAUAAAGAUGAUAAUAAUGGAUUUAAGGUGAAAAGUAGAGGUAUUGAUUCAAGUUAUAUUAAUGAUAAAAAAUAUGAUGAGAUAGUCGAGUCAAAUGUGAAUGACACUUUAAAAUAUAAAUUCAGGUGUGUUUAUGAUCAGUUUAAGCAAAGACAUGAUGUUGAAAAAGAAGAAGAAGAAGAAGAAGAAGAAGUUUGUCAAGAUGAUAAAAGUUGUGAUUCCAUUGAGAGUAAAGAGGAAUUUGAGAAUGAAAAGUUUCGUAUGAUAAAUGUGAGAAAAAGACGUAGACAUAUAAACAAGGAUCAAAUUAUUCAAGGUGAGGAAGUGUCAGUUUCACCAAAAAUAGGAGGAAGAGAAGCAUUUUUUCGUCCUCAAUUACGUGACAUAACAACGAAAAAACAACGACGACCACCACCACCCCCGCCACUACCACCACUACCAUCAUCAACUCCAAUAUCAACAAAAUAUAAAAUAAAUAAUUGUGAUAUAAAAAAAUAUUUUAAUUAUCCAAAUAAAGAAAAUAGUCCUGGUUAUGAUAAGAGUAAUAAUAAAAUUAUUGAAAGAGCUAUAAUGGGCUCAAAUUUGAGUAGACAUAGUGAAAAAGGAUUGACUGGUAGACGUACACAAUCAUCUGGUAAUUUAUGUGAUCCAAAAGGUAAAUUAAAUAAUGUUGGUAAAAUAUUAAUGCCAUGCUCAAGUGGACCACAAGAAAGAUAUAUUAUAUCUGGAUCAUUACCAAAUAGUCUUGAUGAUAAAGAAUCAUUAAAAAAUGAUACAAUUAUUAAUAAUAAUAAUAAUAAUGAUAUUAUUUGUGAUACAAUUGUUGGCAAUAUGGGUGGUACAUUGCCACAUAAAAAACGAACACAUGGGGUACAUUUUUCAGAUGGAAUUAAUGGAACACUUGAUCUUGUUAGACAUCGUUCACAAGAAUCCUUAGAUGGUAACCCCUGGAGACGACAUCAUCAGGAUAGUGACCUUGAUCUUGUACGUUGUAAACAUGGUAACUUUGAUUUGAUAAGAAAAAAUCAAAGCAUUGAUACUGUGGACAGUGGCAUCAAGUAUUCACGUGUAUUUAUUGAUGAAAAAAAUCAUAAUUUAGAUAUAUCUGGUACAUUGCCAAAACGACGAAUUGAUCCAAAAUGGUGUGAUCCAUCAUCAAUUCAAGCAUUUCAACAACAAACAAUAGUUGAUACUGUUGAUGGUGAUUUAUUAAUGAAAGUUGUUCAUAAACCAAAUUGUGAACUUAUGAAAAAUCGUCAAUUUGAUCAACGUCCAGUUGAUAUUAAAUUAACACGAUUAGUUGGUGAACAUCAAGAUCAAGGCUAUGCCUCUGAACGUUCACCAGAAGAUGAACAUCCACCAUCAUUACCUGGUCAACAACUUCCCGAUAUUAGCACUAUCAAUCCCGAGAGCACGUAUCGAGUUAUUUUACAAAAAAGUAGCCGAGGGCUAGGAUUGAGUUUAUCCGGGGGUGGAAGUUCAGGUCCAGUGAGAGUUAAAAGACUUUUUCCACAACAACCAGCGGCAUUGUCGAACAAACUACAAUCCGGUGAUAUUCUUCUUGCGGUAAAUGGAGUACCACUUACCGGUCUCACAAAUUACGAGGCAUUAGAAGUUUUACGAACAACUUCAAAUACUGUCGAACUUUUGGUAUGUCGAUUGCCUGGUGAAGAACUUUGUAUAUCACCACCAGGAGUACCACCACCACCACCUCUUAGAAGAGAACAUCCAUCCUUACCACCACUCAAAAUUCUCAAUCCAUUACCACCACUUCAAAUUGAACCUUGUGGGGAAUUUGAUAUUGAAAUGACAAAAGUUGGUGGAAGUUUGGGUUUUACAUUACGAAAAGUUGAUAGUAGUGCAUUGGGACAUUAUGUUAGAGCAUUAGUAAGAGAACCAGCUUUAAGUGAUGGUAGAAUUCAGCCAGGCGACAAAAUUGUUGCAGUGGAUGAUUCACCCUUGUCACCAAUGAGCCAUGAGGAAGCAGUUGCAUUACUACGACAAUGUGGUCCAAGAGUUAAACUUCGUCUUUAUCGAGACUUGGCACAAACACCAGUAUCAGCACUUUCACCAACUGAACCAGAUCAUCCACUUCGUCCAUCACGAACAAAUUUGAGACAAGAAGCAGUGGAUAUGCUGUGUGAUUUGGCUGUGAGAAAAUUGUCCCCAGGCACUUCGAAUGGAUCAAAUUGUCAACAUGUUUCUGGUACAUUGUCUAGCUCACCAAGAAGACUUCGUAGACCUGCAUCACGAACUCCAACGGGUGAAAGAGAACAAGAACCAAUUUAUGCAACUCAAUUGUCAAUAACAAGUCAAGCUGACACCUCGGAUUCAGAUCAAUGCUCAAUAAAAACUCAAAUAACAAAUUCCCAAGCAGCAACACCAGAUGACAUUAUUGAUCCACCAGCAUUAUAUGAUAUUUUUGACAGUAAUGAUCGACCACUACGACCUAAUUUUCUAAAUUUAUCAGCACCAACAGAUAAACCAAAUUUUCAAUUUAACUUGGAGCCUGAACAAACAACCAAUAUUGUCAUCAAUUAUGAUAAUAGAAAUGAAAAUAUUGCAAAUGUUUAUCAUGAUGAUAAUAGAAGAGAAUUAAAUGAUAUACAAGACAGUGAUCUACCAACAGAACCAGCAUCAAUGCCACCAAUAAUGGCUUUAAGAAAUAAUAGUGGUGCUUUUAGUUAUAAAAAUCCAGCUUAUCAAUCAGCAAAUCCAACUUGUGGAGGAACAGAUAAUGGUACAAAAACUAAAAUUGGUCAUUCAAGUGAUCAAGACAUUCCAGGUAAAGUAUUUUGUGGUGAAGAUCCAGUGGGCAGUAAAGGUCUUUUAAAGUGGAAAGGUGUCAUGUUUGCUACUGAUGAUGAUGAUGAAAAAAAUAAUCCACAGGAUAUUAAGGAUAAUACAAAAAAGACUGAAUUAAAAUAUCGUGAAGGUUACGAGGUGUUUAUGGUAGAACUGACAAGGGGCUGGAAUAGCAGACUGGGAUUUAGUUUACAAUAUGAAAAUAAUUCAACAGUAAUAUCAAUUGUACAUCCUGACAGUGUUGCUGCGAAGGACGGUAGAUUGAAACAAGGCGACAUAUUAAUUAUGGUAAAUGAUGAGAGUGUCGAGGACAUGCCAACUGCUGAAAUAAUCGAUUUAUUGAGAAAAAUACGUGGAUCAAUUGGCAUAACUGUUGCACGAAAAAAAAAACGAGAUGCAACGUGAUAAAGUGAUAAAUAAAAAAGAGCUUAAGCUUUAAUAUAUAUAUAUAAAAAUCCAGGAAUGUCAGGUAUUUUAAAUUUUUCCUUCAUUGUAAAGUUAUUUUUUUAUUUUUAUUAUUAUUAUUUUUUUUGUAUGCCUGACUAUACUGAGACAAUAGAAUGGAAAAAAAAUAAAAACGAAAAAUAUUCGAUGAUUAAAUUAUAAUUCUUUCUUCGAGAAUUGUAUAAAAGAAAUUUAAAAUAUAAAAAAAAAAGAAAAAAAAUAUUUAAUAGAUUUUCUUGUUAAAAAGUAAUUGAAAAAUUUAUCAAAAAGUUUAUUCAAUCAACGAAUGUCAAUACUAUAUAGAAUUUAAAAAAGAAAAAUAAUAAUUUAAUAUAAACUGUACAUUCUUUUUUUUAGUGAAAAAAAAAUUUAUUAUAAAAUAAAAAACGACUUUCUUUUAUUGUUGAUUAAAAGAAAAAAAAUGUAUAAAAAAUAUAUAUUUAAAAAAAAGGCGAUAUUUAUUACAAUUAUAAAUUAUUAAUACUCAUUAAAAGAUAUAUUAUAUUUAAGAAUAAAUAAAUAUAUUAAUUGAUAUGUACAAAUACAUAAUUUAAUAAUAGCUAAUAACAAAAGAUGUUUUUAAAUUAUAAAAACAAAAAGUUAUUCCACUUUAUUGUGAAAAGAAAAGAAUAAAAUUAUUUUUCAAUGGGUAAAGUAACUUUGAAAGAGAUGCAAUAUAAAGAGAUGCAACACAAAAAGGAGAGCUAGGCUGAAAAGAAAAGAAAAAAAUUUAAUUGUUGUUAUAAAUCAAACAGUCAAUCAAAAUAGUAUAUUUGAAAAAAAAAAUAUAUCAAUGUAUAGAGUAUUAUUAUAAUAAUUUAAAAAAAAGAAAAAAAACUUUAUGUAAAAUCUAUCAUGAAUUUGCUUUGAUUAUGUUACUGUUCAUAAAAAAAAAUUUAACAAUAAUGACUGUUAAAUAAACAAAAGAAAAAAUCAAAUUAAAAUUUCAAUAUUAAUAAAAAAAAAAUUGUUCAAUAUCUAUAUUUGUUGUAAAGAGUAUUUUAAAAAUAUAAUCAAAAUUGUAAAAAGAGAUUAACAAAAAAAAAAAACAAGUGUUCAAUUUAAAAUCGAUAAUUCAAAUUAUAUAUUUAUUAUAAAUAAAUAACUAAAUAAAUCAAAUGUCAAAUUAAUUGUUCAGUAUCAAUUCAGUUUAUGUAUUUGUUUUUUCUCUUCAUGAGGAUAUAUGUUUAUAUCCAAGUGACUGAAUUUAAAUUUAUAUAGACUUGAAAAAAUAAAAAAUAUUUAAUUGGCAAAAACUAUGGUCAAUGUAAUAGGUCGUUUCAUUAGACUAUUAGAGCUAUUGAAAAUUUUAAAAAACAUUCUAAAAAAAAAAUAAAA